AUGAGGAAUGAAAACACUGCUCAUUUAGAGGAGCAACAAUAUGGUACUAGAUUACGUCUUCUCAACAACGAUGGUUCUCGUGAUAAUUUAAUAUUAUUGACCGGAAUAAAAGAAUUGUUUGCAACUGCGCUACCACAUAUGCCAGCACAAUACAUUGCUCGGGUCGUCUAUGAUCGUAAUCAUUAUAGUUUGGCGAUAGUGAGGGAUCCUAUAAAAGUUGUGGGAGGAAUUUGCUAUCGACCUUUUUUGGAGAAAUCAUUUAUUGAAAUUGUAUUUUUCGCAGUGGAUAGUGAUCAACAAGUAAAAGGAUAUGGCACAAAAUUGAUGAAUUACUUUAAGGACUAUAUAAAAGAUACAUUUAAUAUUACACAAUUCAUGGUCUAUGCAGAUGAUUUUGCUGUUGGUUUUUUUCGAAAAAACGGAUUUACUGACGAAAUCACGUUAGAUCAAGACAUAUGGGGUGGACACUUGAAAGAUUAUACAGGAGCGACUCUUAUGCAGUAUAGACAGAUUCGACAAAUCCUGGAAAAGCAAAAGCAAGCGGUGAAAAAUAAAAUAGCUCAAACGUGCAAGCCUCCAAUUAUUUAUCGUGGCUUGCAAUGUUUUAAAAAUGGUGUCAAGUCUGUAGAUCCGAUGUCGGUGCCGGGAAUUAGAAUAUCUGGAUGGACACCGCAAUUGGAAAAACAGGCGAAAGACAUUAAGCAUAUGUCACAUUAUGUUGUUAUGAAAGAAAUACUAAAUCGAUUAAAAAGCCAUCCAUCAUCAUUACCAUUUCAUGAACCUGUAAACGGAGAUGAUGUUCCUGACUAUUACGAUAUAAUCAAGGAUCCUAUGGACCUUUCAACCGUUUUGAAACGUAUGGAAAAUAACAGGUAUCGGUCACUUUUAGAAUUUGCAAUUGAUAUGCAAAAAAUCUGGAACAAUGCCAAGGUUUAUAACAAAUCAGAUACUAUCUUCUACAAGUCUGCUGUUGAACUUGAGGGAAUUUUUCGUGAAGCAAUGUUUCUCAAAGGCUCUUACAUAAAUAUUUUCCGAUUGAAAAUUUUGAGAAGCGUAGUUUUAGUUUAUCCCUUAGAAAGUAUACAAUUUUCAAUGUCUGAACCGGCGACGUCCUCAAGCAGUGAUUCUUCCAACUUUAGUGGUGAAUGUGGCAAAGUUAGAAUAUUCAUUCGUUCGCCUACUACCUCGUUACCCGAUGACUUUUCCAUAUUAACUAGUCUUGACUCGUCGGUUCUUACUUUGAAACGAACCAUCUUCGAGACUCAUCCUACUAAACCAAAUGUUCGAGACCAAAGGUUGAUCUACAGAGGAAGGGUGCUAAAUGAUUCUGACACUAUCAUAAACGUUUUGCGAAGUGAGCUGGCAACAGACCAAAUUUUUCAUUUGGUUGUCAAGCCUUCGUUUCAGACGUCCGCUGAAACCACCGGGAUACCUGUAUCUCGCCCGACAUCUACAACCAAUGCACGAAUAGCUACACCUUUAACAGAUCAAAAUUUUGGUACUACAGGCUUAACUGAAUUUGCCCAACAACCUCCGAAUCUUAACAUGCCAUAUUUUGUUCCACCUUCAGAACAUGCACAUACGUACUUACAACAGCAGUAUUCCAUUAAUCCACAACAGCAGAAUGACAUUCCCGUAAAUCAAAAUUUCUAUCCAAUAGGACUACCUUUGCAAUAUUAUUACGUUAUGAUAAAUGGAAUGCCCUACAUUGCACCGAUACAUUAUCCGUAUCGGUAUAUGUAUCCAUAUCCCUACGUGCCUACACCACAAACUGGUGCACAGGCGCAACAACCUUUAGUUGCUCAGAUUCCAGAGCCUCAACAAGACGUCGCCGCAAGAAAUCAACGCCGAGCGGCUACCUUGUGGUUGAUUGUAAAGCUUGGUUUCCUGGUAUAUAUUUUUUCACAAAAUGCCAGCACAGAACGGAUGAUUUUGUUACAUCAAACUGGACGGUUACGUAUCGUGCGGAGACGUAGACAGAGAAUCAUAGCACCUAUACCUAAUAUAGGAAAUGAUAUUUUAGCACAACAACUGCCACAAAUGCCGGUACAACAAAAUCCAGGAGGGCUCCCAAUUCCGCAACCGGACCCAAAUAAUCGCAAUACACCUUCGUCGCAAAUUACUCUUCAAGAUGUUGAGCAUGCGUUAUGGACCUUUGUUGCUUCAUUGAUUCCGACGAACGCACCUGAUGUCGGACAACAAGAUGAUGUAGCGAUGUA